CCGAACACACACAAAAAACACAGUGUUUUAAAAUCACUUGCCACACCAAAGUCUCUUAUCGACCUUGAUCUCAACUUCGUUCAACAAUGCCGAAGAAGAAAAAGCAGUUGGCUUCGUUCAUUCAUCAACAGUUAUUGCUGAUACUGUUUCUGCUGUUGCUCGCGUCAGGUGCACUUGCCUCAAAACUCGCACGCCGUCAUCUUCCGCCGUUAGUUUUCGCGGACGCCAGCGCCCUACUUGCGUUCAAAGUAAAAGCCGACGUGAACAAACACCUAGACUUCUCCCCAACCACGCGCGGCCUCCGGUUCUGCGCGUGGGAGGGCGUGGAAUGUAACGGAGCCAAAGUGGUGCGUCUCGUGCUGCAAGGCUUAGAUCUCGGAGGCGUUUGGGCUCCCAACACACUGUCACGUCUCGACCAACUCCGAGUCCUUAGUUUGCAAAACAACUCCCUCAUCGGACCCAUACCGGACCUCACCGGUCUCUUCAAUCUCAAAAGUCUUUUUCUCGAUAACAACCACUUCAUCGGUUCCCUCCCUCCCUCACUCUUCAUCCUUCACCGCCUUCGAACCUUGGAUUUCUCUCACAAUAACCUCACCGGAUCAAUCUCCACCGCUUUCACCAACCUUGACCGCCUUCACUGCCUCCGUCUUAGCUGGAACCACUUCAACGGUUCCAUUCCUCCGUUUAACCAGUCUUCUCUCCGAAUCUUUGACGUUUCCGGCAACAACCUCUCCGGCGCCAUUCCGGUCACUCCCGCACUGUUCCGUUUUCAGGCUUCUUCCUUCGCUUUCAACCCUGGCCUCUGCGGCGAAAUCAUCCGCAAAGAAUGCCGUCCAGCGGAGCCUUUCUUCGGACCUUCCUCGCCGCCAGCGGCGGGGCUCGGCCAGAGCGCGCAGGUCCACGGCGUCAACGGCUUGAUCCGGCAGCCGUACGAGAAGAAGCGCCGCGACCGGAGGGCGAUGAUAAUCGGAUUCUCGGCCGGAGUAUUCGUUCUGAUAGUUUCGCUGGUGUGCUUCGCGGCGGCGGUGAGGAAGCAGAGGUGUCGGAGCAAGAAGGAAGGUUGUUCGGGGAUGAUGGCGUCGGAUGCGGCGGCGACGGCGGAGGCAGCGGCGGUGAUGCAGAUGGAGUUGGAGAGGGAGUUGGAGGAGAAGGUGAAGAGGGCGGAGGUGGCGAAGAGUGGGAGUUUGGUAUUCUGUGCGGGUGAGGCGCAGGUGUAUACGCUGGAGCAGCUGAUGAAGGGUUCUGCUGAGUUGUUAGGAAGAGGGUGUCUGGGAACUACUUACAAGGCAGUUUUGGAUAACCGUCUAAUUGUAACGGUGAAACGACUUGAUGCAACGAAAAUGGCUGCGCAUGCGACUAAGGAAGUGUUCGAGAGACACAUGGAAGCAGUGGGUGGGCUUCGACACCCCAAUUUGAUUGCACUUAGGGCAUACUUUCAGGCCAAGCAAGAGAGACUCAUUAUCUAUGAUUUCCAGCCCAAUGGCAGCCUCUUCUCCCUCAUACACGGUUCGAGAUCAAGCAGGGCAAGGCCAUUGCACUGGACAUCAUGCUUAAAAAUAGCUGAGGACGUAGCACAAGGGCUGUCCUUCAUACACCAGGCAUGGAGACUGGUCCACGGCAAUCUCAAGUCUUCCAAUGUUCUCCUUGGACCUGAUUUCGAGGCAUGCCUCACUGACUACUGCCUGUCGGUGUUGACCCACCCAGCCAUUUUUGAUGAAGAUGGCGAUUCAGCAGCCUACAGGGCUCCAGAGACUCGAAACCCAAAUCACCACCCAACCCACAAAUCUGAUGUUUAUGCCUAUGGGAUUUUAUUGCUAGAGCUUCUGACGGGGAAAUAUCCUUCCGAGCUUCCAUUCUUGGUUCCUGGUGACAUGUCCGGUUGGGUGAGGUCCAUCAGGGAUGACAAUGGGGGUGAUGACAGCCGAAUGGACAUGCUUCUUCAGGUGGCUACAACCUGCAGCUUGACCUCGCCUGAGCAGAGACCCACUAUGUGGCAGGUCUUGAAGAUGUUGCAGGAAAUCAAAGAUAUUGUACUAUUGGAGGAUAGUAGUGAAUUGGACCUACGCAGUAGUAAUGCGAUGCACUAAUUUUUUUUGGUUUAAUUAUGUUAUAAACGGUGGAUAGAAGGACAAAAGAGUAGUGUUAAAUGGGGUUAAAAAAAUUAAGAAAGAAAUUCAUAAGUUAUACUUUGUAUUCCUUAAACAGAC